AGCAUAUAUUGGUGGAUUCUUGUCCACAGUGCAUCUGCUUUAAGAAUUAACGAAAGCAGAGGCAAGACAGUAAGGUUUCAACCAUUUGCUGAAAAUGAAUCUAGCUGCAUUUACUCUCUUCCUGGCAUUAGUCAAUGGUGCCAGUGGCCAAUACUAUGAUUAUGAUUUCCCCCUUUCAAUUUAUGGGGUCUCAUCACCAAACUGUGCACCAGAGUGUAACUGCCCUGAAAACUAUCCAACUGCCAUGUACUGUGAUGAGCUGAAGUUGAAAAGUGUGCCAAUGGUACCUCCGGGAAUCAAAUACCUCUACCUUAGGAAUAACCAGAUUGACCGUAUUGAUGAAAAGGCCUUUGAGAAUGUCACUGAUCUGCAGUGGCUCAUUCUAGAUCACAACCUCCUAGAAAAUUCCAAGAUAAAAGGAAAAGUGUUCUCUAAACUGAAGCAACUGAAGAAGCUGCACAUAAACCACAACAAUCUUACAGAGUCUGUGGGGCCGCUUCCUAAAUCUCUGGAGGACCUGCAGCUUACCCACAACAAGAUCACGAAGCUCGGUUCCUUUGAUGGACUGCUAAACUUGACCUUCGUUCACCUUCAACACAAUCAGCUGAAAGAAGAUGCUGUUUCAGCUGCUUUUAAAGGUCUUAAAUCACUUGAGUACCUGGACUUGAGCUUCAACCAGAUGAGCAAACUGCCUUCUGGCCUCCCCGCAUCUCUUCUAACUCUCUACCUAGACAACAACAAGAUCAGUGACAUCCCUGAUGAGUAUUUCAAGCGUUUCAAUGGCCUACAGUAUCUGCGUUUAUCCCAUAAUGAAUUGGCUGAUAGUGGAAUACCCGGAAAUUCUUUUAAUAUAUCAUCUCUGGUUGAGCUGGAUCUCUCCUAUAAUAAGCUUAAAAACAUACCAACUGUUAAUGAAAAUCUUGAAAACUAUUACCUGGAGGUCAAUGAACUUGAAAAGUUUGAAGUGAAGAGCUUCUGUAAGAUCCUGGGGCCACUAUCCUACUCCAAGAUCAAGCAUCUGCGUUUGGAUGGCAAUCACCUCACCCAAAUGAGUCUGCCUCCAGAUAUGUAUGAAUGCCUACGCGUAGCAAAUGAAAUCACUGUUAAUUAAUACCUGCUAAUUACAAUUAUGCUGAAGUGUAUCCUGGAGCAGUACUCUAUGGUUAGGUUUUUUUGUGUAUCCAUUUUUUAUUGCUGUUUAUUACUUCCAAAAAUUUUAAAUUCUGAGGGAAAUGUUUUGUAAACAUUGACCACAUUUUUUUAAAAAAAGGAAAGAUGAAAAGCAGGCCUAUUUCAUCACAAUAGCACAUGCACACACACAUACAAAUAGAGAGGAAACUAAUGCUAUAUUUGUAAAUUUAGUGUUUUCUAUGUCUACUAUCGAAGAAUGUGCAAAACCUUUUACUGAUUGCAGGGAAGUCAGCCAAGUUCUCUCAUCCUUAAAUCUUAAUUUAAUGUGUCCGCAAACAUGGACUACACAUGCAUGUAUGUUUACUGUCUUAAACAAAACUAUCUCAAUAUGUUCAAAUUUACUUUGUUGAAAAAUUAGUGGUAUAUAAGGAGCUCCAUAAUACUCAUGGAAAAUUCAUGUUAUCUUUUAAUUCAAUUAUUGUGUGCUCUUUUGUAGCCCCCUAGUAUUAUGGGACCAGUAAUUUUGCAAAAUAGUAAAUGAAGUUUAUACAGUCACAUACACUUAGAAAAGUAUUUUUAGUAUUAAGAAUUUGCAUAUUUACCUUGUGAAACUUUUCUUUCUUAGAAUUAAUUUUCAUUCUCAUUCAUGUUCAUGUUUCUUUUUGAGUAUUUACAUGUUAUGUUAACAAGUUAAUAGCAAAAUAAAACAGCAAAUGGCAUCACA